AUGAGUUCUCCGGCGAAAAAAGCUCAGUCGCCGGCACCCGAGGCAGUUUCGCCAAAGGGAAAGGCGAAGUCUCCCACGCCUGGUCCUGCGUCCCCGGUCAACGUAGCAUCCCCUACUCCUGGUCCUGCGUCUGCAGCGCUUGGCCUUCUGUCUGGAGCUCAUUGGGCUGAGGUGGGACUUCCGGAAGAGGACCUGGAGAACGACUGGGACUCAACCUUGGGGAGCGAUGUCGAGAGCUCGACUGCCUCGAUUAGUUCGAGUAUCCUCAAGUAUCGUACCAUUAAUGGCCGCACCUAUCACAGUGACAGUGUGACCGACGGAGAGUAUUGGGGUCCCAACGAUGAGAAGCAGAAUCAAAUGUUGGAUAUCUUCCACCAUGUGUUCACCAUUCUCUUUGAUGGCAAGCUUUAUACGGCUCCUAUUACAGAGUACCCAGAAAAUAUCAUUGAUGUUGGCACAGGCACCGGAUUGUGGCCGAUUGACGUUGCCGACAAACUUCCUUACUGCAGUGUAAUCGGUACAGACCUUUCGCCUAUUCAACCCAGCUGGAUACCCCCUAACGUUCGCUUCGAAAUCGAUGACGCUACCAAGGAAUGGACCUACAAGCCCAACCAUUUCGAUUUCGUCUAUAUCCGCUGGCUUACUGGUGCUGUUAAAGAUUGGACUGCAGUCUAUAAGGAGGCUUAUCGGUGCUUGAAGCCUGGUGGCUGGAUCGAGCAUUUUGAUUCUUCUGGCGACAUUUAUUCGGACGAUGACACCGUUAGCGAGAACUCUGCCAUGAGUCAGUGGGGUAAAAUUUGGCAAGAAGCCGGAAGACGAAUGGGAAAUCCGAUCGACAUGAUCCCGGCUAAUUUGCAGGAGGAUGGAAUGAGGGAGGCCGGUUUCGUAAACAUUACGAAGAAGGAUUACCAGAUCCCGGUUUCACCUUGGUCCAAGGACAAGAAGAUGAGAGACCUUGGCCUUUACUUCUACACGGCCUGGACGGCAGACCUCGAGGGCACUUGCCAGUUCAUAUUCGGCAAUGUGAUAGGCUGGGAGAAGGAGGAGAUUUCCACCUAUAUUGCUAACUUGAAGGCCGAACUGAAGAAUCGGAGCAUGCAUGGGUGCAUGCGCUGGCGCGUGGUGUACGCGCAGAAGCCGUUGGAUGCUUGAGAUGCGGUUGGAUUAGGACAAGCUUCAUACAUUUCUUUCUGUAAAUAGUAUGACAUGCGUGCCGAAGCGGGAAACGCGGAGUUGCGACAUACUACCGAUCUCUUGUAGAAAACAAAAGCUGUUUUCUAGACAUGGCUUUUCAGCUAGGCCCCUGGAUAACCUUCUCUUUAGUACGCCAAAGGCUACUAAGUUGAAGGCGAGCAUUUGAUGCCCUCUUGAAGACUGGUGGUAAAUUUCGGAACAGCUUCAAAAAGCCGGUCACGAACAGGAAUCGAAUGGAGCAGGUCACAAGUACCAAGAUA